CCGUCAGAGCUAGAGAAGUGAGGGUUGUUUUCUCUCUCGAUUCUCAACUUCUCUACUCUGAGCUUGCACCUAUUCCUCGGAACUGGAAUACGGGCAGAUCGACUCUAUAUUGGUGGUGUGCAUUCGUACAUAUAUAUUUGGUAGUGUGCUCGUGCGACACUUCACUGCAUUACUGGAUACGAUGUUAGGAAGAAAGAUUUCUAACCUGAACGUGUUCUCCUCCAACACCAGCAACAUGAACUUCGUGGCUGAUAAGGAGAAGCAAGUACGAGAAAAGGAGUCGUUUGAGAAGGCGUACCAAGUAGGCCACUUGCUAGGGAGCGGAGGUUUUGGCACUGUGUACGCUGGGUUCCGGCUACGCGAUAAAGCUCCGGUCGCUAUCAAACACAUAGCAAAGGAGAAAGUCACGGAGUGGGGUCAGUUGAACGGAGAAGUUGUACCCCUAGAAGUGUGCCUACUGCGCAAGGUGUCGCACAUACCGGGAGUCAUACAGAUUCUAGACUGGUUCGAGAAACCACAGAGCUUUAUCAUCGUAAUGGAACGACCCGACAACAUCCAAGACCUCUUCGAUUUCAUCACGGAGCAUGGACCCAUGGACGAGAACCUAUGUCGGCACUUCUUUCGGCAGAUAGUCGAUACGGUGAUGGCAUGUCAGAGCGCAGGUGUGAUGCACGGCGACAUCAAAGAUGAAAACCUACUGGUGGAUCGGCGGACGGGAAAGAUUCGGCUGAUAGAUUUCGGAUCCGGGUCGUGGUUGAAGGACUCCGUCUACACGGAAUUCGAUGGCACGAGAGUGUACAGCCCUCCCGAAUGGAUCAAGUACAAUCGCUACUACGCGAAGAGCGCCACCGUGUGGUCGAUGGGCAUACUGCUGUACGACAUGGUGUGCGGCGACAUCCCGUUCGAAGAGGACGAGAAGAUCCUGAGAGGAGAGGUCGUCUUCCGCGGCCAUCCCUCCGCAGAAUGUCGUGAUCUCAUCAAGAAGUGUCUCUCAGUGAAGCCUUCCGAUCGACCGUGCCUUGAGGAUCUGCUCAGCCACCGCUGGCUGAAGCAGGGGGCGCCACACGAGCCGGCGCUGUCCACCAUGCGGCGCACGUGCACGCACCGCUCGCUCGACCAGUCCUCGACCUCCAGCCAGGAGAGCUUGUGAUGCCGCGCCGGCGCCUAGCAACCCCCGACGUCGCCGUAGCAACCGCGCGGUAACGAACGAACACUCGCUCACGGCAGCCGGGGAGGCGGUGACGCCCACUGGCGGCGGGCCGACGCCCGCAGCCUAUGUGCCAAGACGCGUGUGGCGGAGCCAACGCCGGAGCCGCCUGGCGACGCGUGUCCCCAGUGUCACCGCUUCGCGUUAACACGACCGAAGGAGGAGGAGGAGAAGAAGAAGAAGACAUAUCAAUUGCGCACGCGAUCUCUCUCCCGCGCACGCUCUCGCACAGGACGAGAGAAGACUCCGCUGGGCGCGCGCGUGCGGACGUUAGGGGGCGCCACUGCCUCCCCCGUCUCGCCGCCGCCGCCCCAGCGCACGGGAGACUUCCGACGUGUGGACCGUUUUCACGCACACUCGUGUUUUCGACAAGGAGGACGGCGGGGGAGGCGACGUGACGCCGCCUCCUCUUCCCCUUCCUCUCCGACACAUUCCACUGGAGACCUUCCCCCACGUGUGUCACACCUAGUUCACUGCACCUGUGUGUGUGUGUGUGUGUGUGUGUGUGAUGACCUCCGAUGACCUCGCGGGGUCGUCAUGACAACGGCAGCAGCAGCAGCAGCAGCAGCAGCUCUGGAAACCCAGUUGGUGCUAAAACGACUCGACAUACGGCCGACUCCAGACUCCAGCUGAUUAUUGCGCUGUGCAAGGCAACAUCAAUGCAAAAUGUUAAGAGACAAUUGUACAGGAAAUUUGUGUGUGUAUGUGUGUGCGUGCGUGCGUUAUCGUUAUCGUUAUCGUUAUGUGCACACACUUGAGUGCGUGCGUACGUACGUGUGCAAUGUAUGUGUACGCUUGGUGUAAACCAGUACUUCCCCGUGCGUGCGUGCGUGCGUGCGUGCCAUGUGUAACGGCGUGUGUGUGCGUAGGCUAUCGUCCGGGACGCAGUGGUUUUAGGAGGCUUGGAUGGGCCUGGCCACCUACUCCUGAUUUGUCUCUCCACUCUAAAAUGUACCAAAUUGACAUUAAAGUAUACAUCGUAUAGCGGAGUAUUUAAAACCAGACUAGCCAAUUGUAAAUAGCGUACGAUUCGGAGUUAAUUUAUUUCGGUUGAGUUCACAAAGUUGUGUUUAAUUAUGAUAAUUAUAAUAAUAAUAUUCAUGAACGAUGUAAAUGCGGCGUCGUGGUGCAGGUUAGGAAAUUCAUUCGAAAAUUUCUCUGAGGUACCUUAUUGUGAAUUUUUUUAUUUCUGGGUAUGAGAUCAAAAUAGCGACAACUUUGUUUCACAAAAAAUGCUCAAAUUGUAUUCUGCGUUUGUGGGGUGCUUGGGUGAUGGGGAUUUUUCUAAGGAAAAUAUGGUCAAAUAGGUGUUUUUGUAUAAAUGUCUCUCCCUCCAAGCUUGUACCAGAGAAAUUCGGUUGCCUCAGAGAGAUAGGAAAGAAUCAGUGGCUGUACCUUUUUGUAUAUACGUUGUAUAAAAAAUGUUAUCGCAGACAGA